AUGGACUCCUGGAUAUUUCCAUCAUCCCCUCCCAACCUGUCGGAGCAUCUCAUGUAUGACAGCUUCAUGCAGGGCAAUGAGUCAGACCUCCCUGGGAACUACACAGACCACAGCUUCAACAGAACCAGUACGGUGGUUAUCACCUGCAUGUACUUUCUGGUCUGUACAGUGGGACUCUGUGGAAAUGCCCUUGUCAUAUACGUCAUCCUGCGCUAUGCCAAGAUGAAAACAGUCACCAACAUCUAUAUCCUCAACCUGGCAGUAGCUGACGUGCUCUUUAUGCUGAGCCUGCCUUUCAUUGCUAUCCAGCUUGCGCUGGUCCAUUGGCCAUUUGGACCAGUGCUCUGCAGGGUAGUGAUGACCGUUGACUCCCUGAACCAGUUCACUUCCAUCUUCUGCCUGAUGGUCAUGAGCAUCGACCGCUACCUGGCUGUAGUGCAUCCAAUUAAGUCCACAAAGUGGCGCAAGCCUCGCAUGGCCAAGACAAUCAACCUGACAGUAUGGGGAGUGUCUCUGAUGGUGAACCUGCCCAUCGUUAUCUACAGCGGUGUGAUCACAAAGCAUGAUGGAUGCUUCUGCACCAUCGUCUGGCCUGAGCCUCAAGAGGCCUACCAAACAGCCUUCAUGUUCUACACUUUCAUUCUCGGCUUCUUUCUUCCCCUCAUGGUCAUCUGCCUUUGCUACUUGUUCAUCAUUAUCAAGGUGAAGUCCUCAGGCAUUCGGGUGAGCUCUUCCAAGAGGAAGCGUUCAGAGAGAAAGGUGACACGGAUGGUGUCCAUUGUGGUGGCAGUGUUUGUCUUCUGCUGGCUGCCUUUCUACGUCUUCAAUGUCACCUCAGUAACAGGCACCAUUAGCACCACUCCCAUCCUCAGGAGCACCUUCGCUUUUGUGGUGGUUCUAGGAUAUGCCAACAGCUGUGCCAACCCUAUCCUCUACGCUUUCCUGUCAGAGAACUUCAAAAAGAGUUUCCAGAAUGUUCUCUGUCUUAAGAAGGUGGGUGGGCUAGAUGAGGUUGAGCGCAGUGACAGCCGACAGGAUAAGUCUCGCAUGAUGAAUGACCCCACGGAGACCCAAAGUACUCUGCUGAAUGGUGACCUGCAGACCAGUAUCUGA